AUGGUAUUCAACCUUUACUUUCAUCCUCUUGCCAAGUUUCCAGGGCCAAUACUUUGGAGAGUCAGCCGUAUACCUUACGCUGUCUCUCUACUCCGAGGAAACUUAGUAAAAGACCAGCUCGAAAUCCAUCGCAAAUAUGGCGAAGUUGUUCGCCUAGCUCCGAACGAAAUUUCGUUUACAAAAGAAGAAGCAUGGCAUGAUAUCUACACGAAUCGAGUGGGUCACCAGAAUCCUACCAAGGAUCCUGUUUGGUACAAAGGUAGACAAAUCACGAUCUCUUCCUGUAUGAAGCAUUAUCUUAUUUAACACUGCUAUAGCGCCUGAUGACAUGCCCGCAAAUAUUGUUACGGCAAUUGAUCCAACUUUGCAUUCCCGUUUCAGAAGGCUACUUGAGAACUCGUUUACCGAGGGAGCGCUCCGAAGCCAAAUGCCUCUUGUUGAAUCAUAUGUAGAUUUGCUCAUCAACCGUCUGAGAGGUCUCCCAAUGACCCCUGACAAUAAAAUUCCAGGGGUCGUAGUGAACUUCGUAGACUGGAUGAGUUGGUAUACAUUUGAUGUAAUUGGUCAGUUAGCACUCGGAGAAUCGUUUGGUUGUCUGAAAGACAGCAAGUUCCACCCUUGGGUAAAGACACUCAACAACCUUUUGAAAGGAAUGGUUUACGCGGCUUCUACAAGGUAGUAUUCCCGUUUCGUUGUUCUUUCGCUAUGGCUUAUCAGUUUUCCUUGGUUCUUUCAAUGUUCCUGAUCUGAUGAACUCAGAGUGCUAAUAGCUUUCAGGUGGUAUCCUGGAAUGGAAUCAUUAAGGUUCAAACUGCUGCCAAAAAGCGUCAUGGAGAUGCAACGCCAGCAUUCAGAUUGCGCCAAUGAAAAGAUAAACAGGCGUCUAAAUCUCGAAACCAGCAAACCGGACUUUGUGACACCAUUCAUGGAAGACAACAUAGAUUUUCACGAAAUAUCGCUUAGAGAGACUCAGUCCAAUCUUGCAAUUCUUAUCGUGGCUGGUGCCGACGCAACUGCCACAGCACUCUCUGGGACUUUCCUGUAUCUUGUUCAAAAUCGAAACACGCUGGACAACUUAACCUCGGAUAUUCGUGGCAGCUUUCCCGAUGAAAAGGACAUCUCCAUUGUUACAACAAGCAAGCUAUCUUAUCUCAACUCCGUAAUCAUAGAGGGCCUCCGUCUCACAAAUCCAGUGCCGGGAGGUCUUCCUCGUAUUGUUCCAGAAGGCGGCGAUACGUAUGCUGGCGUAUUUGUUCCAGCUCAAGUAAGUCCCACUGCCGGCAUGAAUUGAGAGAAACACGUUUUAACAGGACUUUAGACCUCCAUAUCAGUCCGUCCUUACACCAUGUCUCGUUCGGAAAAAUAUUUUGCGGAGCCUGACGCCUUCAUUCCAGAACGCUGGCUUCCGCAAGAUAUUCGACCCGCCAAAUUCGAUAAUGAUCAUUUCGGGGUCAGUAAUCCAUUCAGUGUUGGUCAUUCUAACUGUAUUGGAAAGAGUCUUGCAUUGGCAGAGAUGAAAAUCGUGAUGGCAAGGAUCAUAUGGGCAAUUGAUCUACAUGAAUAUGGUGAGAGAUUGGAUUGGACCUCUUUGAAGACCUUCAUGAUUAUCAGAAGAAGCCUGUCCAAAUCAGGAUUACUCCAAGGAAAAGAACGAGUACCGAUGAAGAUUAGCAUUUGA